UCCAUUUUACUUCCAUAUAUUCUCUAAUUCUCUACAAAAACUCUUAUUAUAUUUGUCUAAAUUAAUCUAUUCAUCGUGUAUAAGAAAGUGUGGUGAUAAUAAACAAUAAAAUAUAUUAAAAUAGUACUUUAACAUUGGUCAAUACUUACGUAACAUUUUUUUCAAUUAUCCAACAUUGUGAAAGUUUAUUCGGAAGACGCAACGUAAAAGCAGUGGGCCGUGAGUGCGGCAUGCCGUGGCUGCAGUAGGGCAUGCUGUGCGGCGCCGUGUGGUCCGCCGCGCCGGUCAGCCUGCGCGGCCUGGCGCCCCCGCUACCGCUGCCACCGCGCCCUGCGCUACUCGCCGCACUCGUCAUGCAAGCGUUGCACGACCGCAUUGAUGAUGAAGCCAGCUUUAUAGAGAAUGGUCUACUCUCCUACGAGAAUCCUAACUACCAUUUGGACCCCUCGCGCCUCGACAGCGCCAUCUAUAGCGACCUUUACGACAUGCAUGACGACAAGAGCAUGGCUGACGUCUACGAUAACUAUCUUGAUAACAGAAGAGUUGAAGACGAGGCGUCUUCCCCAGUUGCAAAGGCAAAUGAUAAAAGCGGCCUAAUCACGCCGCCCCAACAAAAUGGGGGUGAGGACUCACCUCCUCCAGAGAAAGAGAGGGCGGAUCGUGAGGACUCAGAGAAGAGCCAUGCCGGCCCCGUACCACACUGCGCAGGUCCCAACGACGAUCUCUACGCUAUACCAGUCAAACUUAGACCCAAGAAGGAACCCCAGCUGCCACCAGGUUGGGAGAAACAUGAGGAUGCCGACGGUCCAUACUACUGGCACAUCAAGAGCGGUACCAUCCAGCGGGAGCUGCCCCGCCCAGAAGGAAGGGAGCGGCUGUCGAUGGUGCGCGACUGUUCCAGUCUCGCCGAUGCCAAGUACGAGAUGGCCAGCUCCGUGGUGAGGAGCACCACCAGUGGUGCCCUCGACCACGUUGAUGUGGAGGAACGCAAGAGGAAGGAGGAGAUCUCUUACAAACGUCGCAGCUAUCCUGCCCGCGGCGAGUUAGAAGGUCGCGCGGUGAGGUUCUUUGUGCGUUCGCUGGGCUGGGUGGAAAUUGGUGAGGAAGAGCUGACGCCGGAGCGUUCCAGUCGCGCCGUCAAUAAGUGCAUCGUCGAUCUCAGCCUUGGCCGCAACGAUCUGCUGGACCAUGCCGCUAGAUGGGGCGACGGCAAAGAUUUAUUCAUGGAUCUGGACGACGGGGCAUUGAAGUUAAUCGAUCCUGAGAGUCUAAACACGCUUCAUACACAGCCCAUACAUACCAUACGUGUGUGGGGGGUCGGCAGAGACAAUGGACGUGAAAGGGACUUCGCGUAUGUUGCGCGCGAUCGAGCGACGCGGCGUCACAUGUGCCACGUGUUCCGGUGCGAGGCGCCCGCGCGCGCAAUCGCCAACGCUUUGCGCGACAUCUGCAAGCGCAUCAUGAUCGAACGCUCUCUGCAGCCGCCGCCGCGUCCCACUGAUCUGCCGGCAGCCAGGCGACCAAGACCACUCUCUGGUGCGUCGUUCCCGACGCCUAUGGAGGAGCCGCGCAAGACGGUGCGUGCGCGGUACCUGGGCAGCGCGGAAGUGCCUCGCGCGACCGGCAUGGACGUGCUCAACGACGCGCUGCAACGACUUGCGGCUGCGCGCGCGCCCAGCGCCUGGCGCCCUGUCGCUGUGGCAGUCGCGCCUUCCAUGAUCACCAUCACUGAGGAGGGGGAGACGAGCCCGAUAGUGGAGUGCCGCGUUCGUUACCUGUCGUUCCUGGGUAUCGGACGCGACGUGCGGCGCUGCGCCUUCAUCGUGCACACACAGCACCAGCAGUUUGUCGCCCACGCCUUCCACGCCGAGCCCUCCUCCGGCGCCCUCUGCAAGACUAUAGAGGCCGCAUGCAAGCUGCGUUAUCAGAAGUGCCUGGACGCGCACGGCGGCGCUGCGGCACUUGCUGGCGGCGGAGGCGGGACCGGGGGCGGGGCGGAGGGGCGGAACUCACUGGGCGCCGCCCUCAAGUCCUUCGUCGGCUCACUCACUGGACGUCGCGCCUCUUGAACGCACUCAAACAAUGAGGAAUCCGGGCCAUAAUCCACGCAUAGAGCCCGCUGCGCCCCGCAGCAUACCUGUUACUACACUCAGAAUCAGUUAAUGGUUACUUUGUCAGACUCUUAGUGUAUUUAAUUAUUUAUGUAUUGAUUUACUAUAAAAAUUGUACACUAAGAGAGACUUUAGUCAAAAAUAAAUGCGGCUACACCUUUAUAACUCCACUCUUGUCCUGCCUAAAUAUUAAAUAUGCGCAUUUAGAAUCUUAUUCCUAAAGAAAACCUGUUUUAUAUUACUUCUUUAAUUUAAAUUACUUUAAAUUGUUACAUGUUUCUUUAAUAAAUUAUUUAUCUAUAAUAUUUAUGAUUUGUCUAUUAUAUAUGAACUGCGAAAUUCUUUGUCAGUAGUAAUAAAUGUAAAAAUUUUAAUGCACAAAUCCAUAAAUGUCAUUAAAUUUUAUUAUCAUUUCUCGUGAAGAAACUUAUCAAAAUACUAUUUAUGUUGUGAAUUUGUAACAUGUUCUAUUUUUUCCC